CCUGUGAGUACAAGUGAUAUGACUGGAUUGGAAAAGAAACCAAGAACCUGAGAGUAUGACUUGCCCGGUGAUCACAAGAGGACAGAGCCCAGGGCUUGCUGACUCUCUACAUUAGCAGACAACAGAGAGACCCUUAUUGAACCUGGAGUUUGCUAGAACAGCCGAUUAGAAAGGCCCAGGGAGCCUCCUGUCUCUACUUCCCCACUGCUGGGAUUACAGAUGCGCAAGCACCAUUGUGCCUGACGUUUUAUGUGGUGCCGAGGAUUGAACCUGUGUCCUCAAGCUCUCAUGGGAUACAGGCAUAUAAACAUCACCUGGCUGACAGGGUGAACAGUCUCUGAGGACGCUGCGCAAGAUCUCACGCACAACCCCAGCCCCGGAAGAUGGGGAACUGCCUCAAAUCCCUGACCUUGGAUGACAUAUCCCUGCUUCAAGAGUCUCAGUCCAACCUGGCUAGCUUAGGCGAGCGGACGGAGCCAGAUCAGGAGCCGCCGCCGCCAUAUCAGGAACAAGUUCCCGUUCCCGUCUAUCAUCCAACACCUAGCCAGACUCGGCUAGCAACUCAGCUGACUGAAGAGGAACAAAUUAGAAUAGCUCAAAGAAUAGGCCUUAUACAUCUGCCUAAAGGAGCUUACGACCCUGGAAGAAGUGGAUCAGAAAAAAAGAUCCGGGAGUGUGUGAUCUGUAUGAUGGACUUUGUUUAUGGGGACCCAAUUCGAUUUCUGCCUUGCAUGCACAUCUAUCACCUGGGCUGUAUAGAUGACUGGCUGAUGAGAUCCUUCACGUGCCCCUCCUGCAUGGAGCCGGUUGAUGCAGCUCUGCUCUCAUCCUAUGAGACUGAGCCAGGGUCUCUGUCGGAGUUCAAGUGAACCAUCAUUUUUGGUGGUUCUGAUCUUUUGUCACUGAGCCCAAAGAGCCAGGGAUUAGGAAUUAAGAUCAUGCACAAAAGUUUCCUAAAAAUUUCUGGAUGGCUGCAGAUGUUGAGGAAAGUAUGUGAUAUUUUAGAAACUUAUGGGGGAAAGUAGGAUGGAUGGUAUUUUUAUGUAAAGCCUUGACCCAGUGUUUAAAAUAUAAUUGUUA